ACAAACUAGAAAGUGAUUUAGAACUCAACGAUAACGUCGACGCAAGUGGUAGUGGUACUACUGGAAGUAAUAAAACACUGAAAAAAACUGGUACAAGUAGCAGUGGUGCUGGAAGUAAUAAUAUACUGAAAAAAGCCAGUGCAAGUAACAAUGGUGUCAAAAUACUGAAAAAAGCCAGUGCAAGUGGCAGUGGUGCCGAAAGUAAUAAUACACCAAAAAAAGAAACUGAAGAAGAUGCUAGUAGUUCUGACAAUGAUGAUGCAAUUGGUUGA